UAAAACAGGCAUAGGAAGAGGCAGCUCAGGGUCCUUAAACGCCAUCAGCGAGAUAACAUCGCAUGGAGUGAAGAGCAACAACCGAAGGAAGGUCAGGAUGGUCCAGAAAAUUCUUAACAAGUUCAUCGGUGCCAAGUAUAUCAGUAUUGUGAGGACGUGGGUGCCAAAUAUGGUCGCCUGGGGGACAGUGGGCGGAGUGGCGCUUGUUCACUUCACUGACUGGCGAUUAAUUCUAGACUAUGUGCCAUACGUUAAAGGGAAGUUCACGAAGGAUGAGUAAAAUCUCACACAACUCUAAAAUGACCAGAGCUUGGGGAUGGGCACAUGGGUGGAUUGCUUACACAACGCAAACUUAAAAGUGAGAGGCCCCCGGCUCAACAAUCAGUCACUGAGGGCUUGUUAGGAGGUUGGACUUCAGGAUGCACUCUGUAUAAAUGCUGUUUUUGAUCCAGUAUUAUUUAAUGUGAAUAAAUCUUUAAUUUCUCCCACUUUGUCCAGCUUUUUUCUGCAUAUUUCCAGCUAUUGUAAUGUAUUCUAACUGCCUGGUGAGAGGGUUUUUUUUUUUUUAAUGUUAUUUUAUGUUUAAUGCUUAAUGUUCAGGAUCAACGUUGUACGCUAUAUAUUCUUUUUAUUUUUCAAAAACGGGAUAUACUUAAAUCUUUUGUUGCAUGAAGCAGCUGUAAAAGCCUGGCUUUGUAGAUCUGAUCUUUGCCAACUGGUCAUGAUUGAUUUGUGCUGUAAAAAAUAGUGUGAAAUAAAACAUUUUUAAUGAA